AUGGUGUUCAUGAACACUGGGAAAUAUAAAGCUGAUCCCUUGCGAGCUGAGAGUUCCGAUGCCUCUGGAGCAAAACAAGAAGAUACGAGUGAAAGACGAUUGAAACAAUCCCUUUUCAAUGACGAGAUCGAUGCGAAAUUUGGCUUUAAUCGCUACAAAGAGAGUGCCGAGCGGAAAGCUUGGCUAUUUAAUCUACAUACCACCGAAAUACUGGACGACGACAAAAGACUAGUAAGUGCUGUUGAUUUUUAUUUUGUUGAAGAUGACGGAAGCAGAUUUAAAGCAACGCUACCUUACAAACCUUACUUUUAUGUUUCUACUGUUAGAGGUGCUGAGCCCGAAGUAGCUUCAUAUUUGAGCAGAAAGUUUGGAGGCACUGUCAACAAAGUCGAAAUCAUAGAAAAAGAAGAUUUAAAUUUACCGAAUCAUCUAUCUGGUUUAAAAGGAAAAUUUCUGAAAUUGAGUUUUUCUACUGUGACUGAUUUAACCAAAGUUAAGAGAGAAAUUAUGCCCCAUGUUAAAAAAAACAAGGAGAGGCAAAAACUUAAAACCUCAUACAAUGAAGUUUUUAAUGAUGAUGCUGAUAUUUCUUCAAAAAAGUCGGAUCAAGUAGAUAGCAUCAUGGACAUCAAGGAGCAUGAUGUUCCUUAUCACAUGCGUGUUUCUAUUGAUUUAAAAAUUUUCGUUGGACAUUGGUAUUUUGUAAAAGGAAGAGGUAACAAUCCACCAGAAAUUGUUAAAUGCGAAGAACUUUUACAGCCCGUUGAUGUGCCCAUAUUAGCUUACGAUAUUGAAGUAACCAAAUUGCCCCUAAAAUUUCCUGAUCCUGCCACAGAUCAAAUUAUGAUGAUAUCAUACAUGAUAGAUGGUCAGGGAUUUCUCAUCACCAAUCGAGAAAUAGUAUCUGCUGAUGUAGAGGAUUUCGAGUACACGCCCAAACCAGAAUUUGAAGGAAAUUUUGUUAUUUUUAAUGAAGCUAAUGAAGAACAACUUAUUCAAAAAUUCUUUGAUCAUAUUCUGCAAGUAAAGCCUUUAGUAUUUGUAACUUAUAAUGGUGACAAUUUUGAUUUUAAGUAUGUUGAAGCUAGAGCUGCAGUUUAUGAACUUAACAUGCUGAAAGAAAUUGGAUUUUCUGUGAAUCGGGAGGGUUAUUAUUUAUGCCGACCUUGUGUUCAUCUUGAUUGCUUACAUUGGGUAAAAAGAGAUAGCUACUUACCUGUUGGUAGUCAAGGUCUCAAAGCAGUGGCUAAGGCUAAAUUACGUUACGAUCCUGUCGAGCUGGACCCUGAAGAAAUGUGUCGAAUGGCUUCCGAACAUCCUCAAGUCUUGGCCAGUUAUUCAGUAUCAGAUGCUGUUGCUACUUACUACUUAUACAUGAAAUAUGUUCAUCCUUUUAUAUUUGCUUUGUGCACAAUCAUUCCAAUGGAGCCAGAUGAGGUUUUGCGUAAAGGCUCUGGAACACUGUGUGAAGCUCUACUGAUGGUACAAGCAUAUCAUGCAAAUAUAAUCUUUCCCAACAAACAGGAAAGCAUUUUGAAUAAAUUAACUGAAGAUGGUCAUGUUUUAGAUCAAGAAACCUAUGUUGGUGCCCAUGUUGAAUCUUUAGAAUCUGGUGUUUUUAGAGCAAAUUUACCUUGCAGAUUUAGAUUAGUUCCAGAAGCGAUUCAGAAAUUAAUAAAAGAUGUUAAAAAGACCUUAAAACAUACAAUAGAAGUUGAAGAGAAUGUCCCAAUCGAUGAUGUCUUAAACUUGGAUGAAGUGGCUAAUGAAAUUGUAGAGAAGUUGAAAAAAUUGAGGGAUUGUCCAUCCAGAUUAGAAAAUCCGAUUAUAUAUCAUUUGGAUGUUGGUGCUAUGUAUCCUAAUAUCAUUUUAACUAAUAGACUACAACCUACUGCAAUGGUUGAUGAAUUAGCUUGUGCAGCUUGUAUAUUUAAUAAACCAGGGGCACGAUGCAGAAGGGUCAUGCCAUGGACUUGGCGUGGGGAAUGCAUGCCUGCUACUCGUGGAGAGUUUCAACGGAUUCAGCAACAGCUAGAAACAGAAAUGUUUCCAUCUUCUUUUCCCGGUGGAAAACCAGUCCCCUUUCAUGAACUUAGUAAGGAAGAUCAAGCUACAAUUGAAAAAAAGAGGCUAUCAGAGUAUUGCAGGAAGGCGUACAAAAAGACACAUGUUACUCGUAUUGAAGUUCGAAAUUCAACUAUCUGCCAACAAGAAAAUUCAUUUUAUGUGGAUACAGUGCGUGCUUUCCGGGAUCGUAGAUAUGAGUUCAAGGGUCUGUUGAAGGUCGCCAAGAAGAAGGUUGCGGAAGCCAUAGCCAUGGGUGAUGCCUCAGCUAUUAAAGCUUCUAAGACAAUGGAAAUUUUAUAUGACUCGUUGCAACUUGCUCAUAAAUGUAUAUUGAAUUCAUUUUAUGGCUAUGUGAUGAGAAGAGGCGCACGUUGGUACAGCAUGGAGAUGGCAGGAAUUGUGUGCCAUACUGGUGCCGAUAUCAUUACUAAAGCUAGAGAACUUGUCGAGCAAAUUGGAAGACCAUUAGAAUUGGACACUGACGGUAUUUGGUGUAUUUUGCCUUCUUCAUUUCCAGAAAAUUUUAACAUUAAGACUAAAAAUCCAAAAAAAGCUAAAUUACAGAUUUCAUAUCCUGGUGCCAUGUUAAAUGUGAUGGUCAAAGAUUACUACACUAAUGAUCAAUAUCAUGAAUUAGUGGAUCCUGAAAAUCAUAAGUAUGAAAUACGCAGUGAGAAUUCCAUUUUUUUCGAAGUUGAUGGUCCAUAUUUGGCUAUGGUUUUGCCAGCUUCGAAAGAGGAGGGAAAGAAGUUGAAAAAGAGGUAUGCCGUUUUCAAUUUCGAUGGAUCUUUAGCAGAGUUAAAAGGCUUUGAAGUAAAAAGAAGAGGAGAGUUGCAAUUGGUAAAAAUAUUCCAGUCUUCUGUUUUUGAAGCAUUUUUAAAAGGGAAUUCUCUUGAAGAAUGCUAUGCAGCUGUAGCCAAAGUUGCUGAUUAUUGGCUUGAUGUUCUAUUCUCAAAAGCUGUCAGCAUGCCUGAUCAAGAACUUUUUGACUUGAUAUCUGAAAAUCGUAGUAUGUCUCGUAAACUUGAAGAUUAUGGAGCUCAAAAAUCAACAUCUAUCAGUACAGCUAAAAGACUGGCAGAAUUUCUUGGUGAUCAAAUGGUGAAAGAUGCAGGCCUUAGUUGCCGAUUUAUUAUAUCAAAAAAGCCAGAAGGGUCUCCUGUUACUGAAAGAGCAAUACCUUUGGCCAUAUUUCAAGCUGAACCCAGUGUUAAGAAACAUUAUUUAAGGCGAUGGCUGAAAUCCCCAGGCCUAACAGAUUUUGAUAUACGUACAAUUUUAGAUUGGGAGUAUUAUAUAGAACGUUUCAGCAGUACUAUUCAGAAGAUCAUUACCAUUCCUGCUGCAUUGCAGCAUGUGCCUAAUCCCGUACCUCGCGUUGCUCAUCCAGAUUGGUUACAUAAAAGAUUACUAGAAAAAAAUGACAUUUUGAAGCAGAAAAAAAUUACCGAGAUAUUUUUCCGGAAGGAAGAAAAUUCUGAGCAAGCUGAUAGUGAAGAAGUAAUGGAUAUAGAAGAUCAGAUUGCUGGUCCUAGCACUGAAGUUCAAGUUCCAGUGUGUACGAAACGAAAAGCAUCAGAAUCUCCCAAUCAACAUUCAUCUAAGAAACAAAAUACAUCCAAAGAUAUUGAUUAUUCAAAAACUUGGUUAGAGCAUCUAGGGCCUCCUCCUCCUAUAGGAAAGUCAAGGGAUGAAUUAGUUCACUGGUUAAAAUAUCAGAAAAAAAAAUGGCGAUAUCAAAUUGAUCAAAGAAAAUCUUCAGAUUUAGAUAAAUUUGGAAAACAACAGGCUUCUAAAUCUUUCACAAAUGCAAAUAGAAAUGUUUCGGGCAUUGGACAGUUUCUUAGAAAAGCAAAGAAAACUCUUUUAGAUAGCCCAUGGCAAAUUAUUCAGAUUGCUCCUACUGGGCAGUUAGGCCUUUAUAAACUUUGGGUUUUAGUCGAUAAUGAUUUACAUUGCAUUAAAUUAAAUAUUCCAAGAAUAUUUUACGUUAAUCAGCAUAUACCAAAAACUGGAGAAAGUAAUUUAUGGAGAAAAGUUAGUAGAAUUUUGCCUCGUUCUCACCCAGUAUACAACUUAUAUGAAUAUACUGUUGAAGAAGAGAUUUAUCAGCAACACUGUAAUGAUCUUUUAGCUGAGCUGUCCUUGCCACAUGUUGAAGGAGUUUAUGAAACGCAAGUUCCCCUAAUUUUUCGAGCAAUGGUGGAACUUGGUUGCGUUUGUGCUGUUGGUAGAAAACAUAUUCGUCAUUAUACUUCUUCUGAUAAUGAUGCAUAUAAUCUCUGUCAUUUGGAAUUUCGAAAUUUGUCUCAACAUGACUACAUAAAGCCUGGAGUGUUGAAAUUAUUAUAUUUCUAUCAUCACUCAUGUGGGCAAAAAGCCAUGUUUGGUUUAUUCUUCCCGCCAUCUAAGAAAGCUGUGAUAUAUGUUCUCGAUACUGUAAGAACAAACCAGAUGCCAAACCUGACCAAUAUUUUUUCUGCUGAGCGUAAUGCAAAAAUCAAUGAAGGUUCCGAUGCAUCAAUGUUGCCCGAAGUAGAUUAUACGUUUGAAGUACAUGUGGAGAAAGAUGUUCGCUUGGUUUAUAAAGGUUUGCAAAAACAUCUUAUGAUGUACAAAGAUGAAAAAAGAGGACCAAGUGCUGUUGUCCUUCAGUCUACAUUUUCUGCUGAUGAUAUUUGUACUUUGAUGCCUACUUUUGCUGAAUUUCCCGUUAUUCCUGUACAUGUUCAUGAUAGUGACACUUUAUACCAAGUUAUGGAUUGGCAACGAGUUGGUUCAAAAGCAAUGAUAAAGCAAUUUAUGAAUGUUGAGCUAUCAAUUUCUUAUCUUCUCGAGCAAUGUCGCUAUUUUCAUAUUCCGGUAGGAAAUUUACCUCAAGACGCUUCUUUAUUUGGAAGUGAUAUUUUCUUUGCUCGGCAUCUGCAAAGGCAAAAUUUCCUUUUGUGGUGCUCUCCUACUGGCCGACCUGAUCUUGGGGGCAAAGAAGCUGAUGAUAAUCGAUUGUUGGCGGAAACAGAACAAGUCGUUCCAGAAAUUAAUAACCCUGAUGCAUAUUCUUCUGUAAGUGUUGAAAUACUUGUUGAAGGAAUGCCUGUGAUAACUGUUUUGCAAGCUCAUAAUUUAAUGGAAAUGGAAGGUACUAGUUCCAGCAUAGCAUUCGACUCUGGUCCAAGUUCAUCAUUAGUAGAUUUGAUGUCAAAUGGAGGACCAACUUCUAAUUUGGGUGUUUAUGAUGAAAGUGCUUUAUGUGCUGGUGCAUUUAGAGUUCUUCGUGCCAUGGUCUCUGGCUGGGUACGUGAUGUCCUUCAGUAUGGCAAUGUCUUUGCUGACAAUCAAAUAGCCAAUUUUUAUCGUUGGCUUAGGUCGCCACAGUCUUUGCUGUAUGAACCUGCUAUCAAACAGAUUUUGAACAAUCUGAUGAAGAAAAUGUUUAGUCAACUUAUUUUUGAAUAUCAAAAGCUUGGUGCAAUUAUUGUCAGUGCUACAUAUUUGCGUGUAGUAUUGUGUACUAAGCGAAAAAAAGUUCCAGAUGCUAUGGCUUAUUCACGUUACGUCAAUGAAUGUAUAAGGAAUAAGGAAGUUUUCCAUGGAUUGCAGUUUCAGGUAGAAGCCAUUUGGGAAUAUUUGUUGUGGUCUGAUCCUGCAAAUUAUGGAGGAAUUAAAUUGAAAAAUGCAAAUAAUGAAAAUGAUUCCAAUGAAGCUAGUGAUGAUAUUGAUGACAAACAUACUUUAACUCUGUGCUUCAAUAUUGCUAAGUUUUUGCCUCAAGCUGCAGCAAUUGAUGAAAAUUUUUAUAAUGUUAUUGCAGAAUAUAUUCAGGAAGCUUAUCUUUAUUACCAAGGACAGGAUAAAUCCAUUCUUCCAGAUAGUCAAGCACCUUUACCCGAGGAAGAAGAAGAAUCCCCUACUGAACUCGCGAAAUAUGUCAGGAGUAAUCUUGCUCAUAAAUUGUAUAUUUUAGUUGAAAAAAUCAAGAAGAAGUUACCAUCUAACAUAGGUCCUAAUGGCCAAGACAUUUUCCCUGCCCUUCCGGGUUCUCAUCUUAAAUUUACUAACCCAGCAUUGGAAUUUACGAAAGCAAUCUGCAAAGUAUUGUCUCUGGACAGUCAGUUAAAAAGUGUGAUUAUGAAGGUUCGACAUGAUUUGUUGAGAAUUGUAGGUAUGAAAGAAUUUAGUGAUGAAGCAGAAUGGAAAGACCCAUGCCUGUCUUUUGUGCUGACAGAGCUCAUUUGCAAAUCUUGUUUAACUUCGAAUAAUAUCGACAUUUGCCGAGAGCAUUAUGCAAUAGACGAAAGUAGUGGCUUACCCGUCUGCAUAUGCAGCCUAUGUAAAAAGCCUUAUGACACAAAAGAGAUAGAGGCAAGGAUGAUUGAGUGCCUUCACCAAGUUUCAAUGGCACAUGUUUUGCAAGACUUGGUUUGCAAAAAGUGCAAAAUGGUUAAAGACAGAAACAUGACUAAAUUCUGCUCGUGUGCUGGUGAAUUUAAUACUUUAUUGCCUCUGGAGGAUCUAAAUCAAAGAUGUAGAACCUUUCUUAAUAUAGCUGAGCACUUCAAUAUGGGAAAACUAAAAGAAACUGUGUCUUGGAUCAUUAAAAUGAAUUCCCAGCAAAAACAUAUUUGUGUCCGUUCAUAA